GGCGCAGUCGGAGCCCGCUGCGGCCCCCCGAGGAAGCGCGGCGGCGGCGGAGGAAGAAGGAGGAGGAGGAGGAGGCGGCAGAGGAGGCAAGGCCCAGCGGCGGUUGCAGGCCCCGAGCGCUCGGAGCGGGAGCGCGGAUUCCCCCCGGGCCCGGCCGGGCUUCGUCGGGAGCGGCAGUGCCCCCCCGGGCACGGGGCCAUGUACAACGGGAUCGGGCUGCCGACGCCCCGGGGCAGCGGCACCAACGGAUACGUCCAGCGCAACCUGUCCCUGGUGCGGGGUCGGCGGGGCGAGCGGCCCGACUACAAGGGCGAGGAAGAGCUGCGGCGCCUGGAGGCUGCCCUGGUGAAGCGGCCUAACCCCGACAUCCUGGACCACGAGCGCAAGCGGCGCGUCGAGCUGCGAUGCCUCGAGCUGGAGGAGAUGAUGGAAGAGCAGGGGUACGAAGAGCAGCAGAUUCAAGAGAAAGUGGCGACCUUCCGACUCAUGUUGCUGGAGAAGGACGUGAAUCCUGGGGGCAAGGAGGAGACCCCAGGGCAGAGGCCAGCGGUGACCGAGACCCACCAGCUGGCCGAGCUGAAUGAGAAGAAGAAUGAGCGCCUUCGGGCUGCUUUUGGCAUCAGUGAUUCCUACGUGGAUGGCAGCUCUUUUGACCCUCAGCGCCGUGCACGGGAGACUAAGCAACCACCUCCAGAGCCUCCCAAGCCCUACAGUCUUGUCCGGGAGUCCAGCAGCUCCCGCUCCCCCACCCCAAAGCAAAAGAAGAAGAAAAAGAAGAAAGAUCGUGGCCGCAGGUCUGAGAGCAGCUCCCCACGCCGGGAGAGAAAGAAGAGUUCAAAGAAGAAGAAGCACAGGUCAGAGUCUGAAUCCAAGAAACGCAAGCAUAGGUCUCCUUCCCCAAAGAGCAAACGUAAAUCCAAGGACAAGAAGCGGAAACGAUCCCGGAGCACAUCACCAGCUCCCAAGAGCCGUCGGGGCCAUCGCUCGACGUCGGCUGAUUCCGCCUCAUCUUCUGACACCUCCCGUAGUCGGUCUCGCAGUGCAGCAGCCAAGACCCGGGCGACUGCCGUAGCCCGUCAGAGCCCCACCCCUGCUGCUCAGCACCACGGAGAAGCUGAGGCUCCGCCCCGGGAGGCCCCCGUUACCACCACUGAGCAGCCUCAAAGUCCCCAGCCUAGCAGCCCCCAAGACAAGGACAAGGAGAAAGACAAGCGAGAGAAAUCUGCAACCCGGCCCAGCCCCUCCCCGGAGAGGAGCAGCACGGCCCCCGAGCGACCCGCUCCUACCCUGCCGCCCCCUGAUGAGCGGCGCUGCGGCUCCCCCGACCCCCCUCCGUUGGCUCUCCCGAGCCAGGAGCCAGCAAAGGCCCCGGCUGAGCCCUCCCCUCCUAGGGGUCGCUCGCCCUCAAAAUCUCCCGGGAAGGCCCCCCGGUCCUCCUCCUCGGAGAGUUCCCCGGCCCCUCAGUCUACCAAGGCCCCCCGGCGAGCCAGCUCCUCCCCAGACAGCCCCCCUAAGCCCGCCCCUCCCCCUGUUACCCGCCGGGAGAUCUCUCCCUCCCCCACAACCAAGAGUAGCCGCUCCCGUGGCCGAGCGAAGCGGGACAAGUCCCGCUCCCGCUCUCCCUCUCGCAGGGUGGGGAGGUCCCGUAGUCCCGCCGCCCCUCGGCGGGGGCGGUCCCGGUCCCGGACCCCCGCCAGGAAAGGGCGCUCUCGGUCUCGCACCCCUCAGUGGCGCCGGUCCCGGUCCCCACAGAGGUGGGGGCGGUCCAGGAGCCCCCAGCGGCGUGGCCGCUCCCGGUCUCCCCAGAGGCCCGGCUGGUCCAGGAGCCGGAAUGCCCAGCGGAGAGGCCGGUCUAGGUCCGCGGCGAGACGAGGCAGGUCCCGUUCGAAAACCCCGGCUGCCAGAGGCCGAUCCCGGUCCAGAACCCCAGCCAGGCGGGGUCGGUCUCGCUCCAGAACCCCCGCCCGGCGGAGGUCUCGCUCCAGAACGUCCACACGGCGGAGGUCCCGCUCUAGGACCCCCGCCCGGCGGGGCCGAUCCCGCUCCAGGACCCCGGCUCGGCGUAGGUCCCGUACCCGGUCGCCGGUACGCCGGAGGUCGCGCACCAGAUCGCCAGUUAGACGAGGCAGGUCCCGCUCCAGGACCCCGGCCCGGCGGGGGGGCAGGUCCCGCUCCAGGUCCCCGGCCCGGCGGGGGGGCAGGUCCCGCUCCAGGACCCCGGCCCGGCGCGGGGGCAGGUCCCGCUCCAGGACCCCGGCCCGGCGCGGGGGCAGGUCCCGCUCCAGGACCCCGGCCCGGCGAGGAGCCAGAUCUCGCACCAGAAGCCCGCUGCGCCGGGGAAGGUCCCACUCGAGGACACCGCCCAGGAGGGGUCGGUCUGGCUCCUCCUCAGAGCGGAAGAACAAGUCAAGGGCUUCACAGCGGAGCCGGUCCAAUUCCAGCCCAGAAGUGAAGAAGUCCCGCACGUCCCUGAGGCGCAGCCGGUCUCUCUCUUCUCCACGGCCAAAAGCAAAAUCCCGACCGUCUCUGAGGCGCAGCCGCUCCGGAUCAUCUCCUCGCCCCAAAGCAAAAUCUCGAAGUCCACCUAGGCGAAGCCGGUCGAGCUCCUCCCCUCGUCCUAAGCCGAAAUCUAGAACCCCCCCACCCAGGCGAAGCCGCUCCGGGUCCUCCCCACGCCCCAAGGUGAAGUCUAGAACCCCCCAGCCGCGGAGCCGUUCGGGCUCGUCUCCCAGAGCCGCUUCCAAGUCUCGGACCCCGCCGAGAAGCCGUUCUGGAUCCCCGCCCAGCUCGGCGGUGAAAACGAGAACGCCACCGAGGCCAAGUUCUGGGUCGAGCCCCUGCCCCAAAGCUAAGGCUGGGACGCCUCCGAGGCAAAGCAGGUCGGCAUCCCCUGGCCCCAAAGCGAAGUCAGGAACCCCCUUGAGACGUAGCCUUUCCAGUUCUUCUCCACGCCCGAAGGCGUCCCCCAGAACGCCUCCAAGAGCAAAGUCUGGGACGCCACCAAGGAGCGGUUCCGGCUCUUCUUCUCCGAGUCCCGACAGGGCCGCGCCCGGGACACCGCCCAAGAGCGGCUCCGGGCCGUCCUCUCCGUGUACCAAAGCAAAAUCCAGAACCCCUUCAAGACGAAGUCACUCAGGGUCCCCUUCGCCUCAUCCCAAAGCCAAGUCUACCACCCCACCAAGACGAAGCCGCUCUGGAUCAGGCUCACCGUGUCCUCCGGUUAAUUCCAAAGCUUCACCAAAUCAGAGUCCUUCGCCAUCCUCCUCCCCGCCACAUCCCAAAGUGGAACCUGGCACACCACCACCACCGCCACCCGGACAGAAUCAGUCUAGAUCUCCUUCGCCACAGCCAGAAGCAAAAGCUCAGUCGCCGCCAAGCCGUAGCGGAUCUGGUGGUUCUUCUCCAAGCCCUGACGGGACGUCUACAACUGUGGCGGGGCCCAGCCACUCCGGGUCCUCUCCUCUCCCUAAAGCGGCGUCUCAGUCACCGCCCAGCCAAUCCAGGUCCUCCUCUCCGUGUCCUGACGGGAUGCCCAGGAUCCCAGGAAGACAGAGCAGGUCACCGGUGAGGCAGAGCGCCUCAGAGUCUUCCAUGAGUCCGCAGAACAAACCCCAAACACCCUUGAAGAGGAGCCGGUCCAGGUCUGGGUCUUCCCCGCGGCCCAGCGUGGCUUCCAGGUCUCCUCCAAGACGUAACAGUUCCGACUCCUCCCCGGAGGCGCAAGAGAAAGGGAGUUCAUCACCCAAGCAGAAUUUCUCCGGAUCGUCUCCGGGUCCAAAUGACAAAUCUGCGCCUCCUUCGGGAGAGAGCAGCUCUGGGUCCUCACCUGUACUCAAGGACCCGCCCAAGACUCCCCCGCGGGGUAGAGUUGACUCCAGUUCGUCUCCAGAAGUCAAGGCUGGAGAAACCGUGCUGCCUGGGCCCAGCCAGCCUGACUUGUCAGAAGCGAUAGAAAAGCCAGAGGUGUCUUCGACCCUGACCGUGCCGCUCUCGUCUUCGGAGAGCCAAGAGACACCUAGACCAUCCCAGGAGGGAAGCAGCUCUGAGUUCUCCCCAGAAGUUGGAGAGAGCCCCGCUGGGCUUCCUAGACCAACUCAAACGCAGACCGCCGUAGAAGUAACAGAGAAGUCGGAAACGCCUUCAGCCUGGAGCGGGCCCUGUUCGGCCCCAGAACAAGAAGAUGCGCCCAGGAGCCCUCCUGGGCAGAGCGCCGCGGGGUCACCGGCGGAGUCGAGAAACGUAGUUGGCACCCCGUCGGUGGAAAGUCUAACCGGCCCGGCCCCCGAGCAGCUCCAGGAGGACUUGGGACUUCCCGCACAGCAAGGAACUGCCUUGCCUCCGGAAACUGCAGAUCAGCCUAAAGCUGUCGCCGGGCCUGGGAGCGCCGAGGAGCCCGAGGUGACGGAAACGAUGGAAGUGCCCUCCAGCCAGGGCGGAUCUCUCUCUCCUGGCGCUGACGACCCUGCACCAGGAACUCCUCCAAAGGAAAGGAGGGCCUCUGGGUCAUCUCCAGAGCCCAGAGAUGCCCCGAGAACGCCAUCGAGGCAGAGCCGCUCUGGCUCCUCUCCGGGUCUCAAAGAUGGAUCCGGAACCCCCUCGAGGCGAAGCCGUUCGGAUUCCUCUCCGGGGCUCAGAGAGGCCCCCGGAACGCCCCCGAGAAGAAGGAGCGGGUCGGAGUCCUCCCCGGAACCCAAACCUCCGACACCCUCGAGGCAGAGAGCUAAUUCUGAAUCGUCCCCGGAGCUCAACAACAAAUCGCAGUCUCCCCAGAGAGAGAGGAGCGCGUCGGAGUCCUCGGUGGAGCAGAAGGCGGCGACCAGACCCUCGCCCGGGCAAAGAAGUCAUUCCGGGUCCUCCCCGGAGGUCGAUGGCAAGGCCAGAACUCCCCUUCAAGGAAGAAGCGGGUCGGAAUCCUCACCGGAGCGUAAAGCGGCGACCCGGCCCGGGAGCCGCUCUGGAUCCUCUCUGGAAGGUGACAACCAAGGGCGGCCUUCUCCCCGACGUAGCGGGUCCGGCUCUUCCCCGGAAGUCAACGACAAGCCGAGAACGUCGCCCGGGGGACGGAGCGGCUCCGACUCUUCUCCUGAGCCCCAGCCCUCCGGGCCUCGGGCCCCUCUCAGACGAAGCCGAUCCGGUUCAUCUCCGGCCAGUAAAGGCCGGGGGGCCUCCCACCCGGGCAGCAGCAGUUCGGAGUCCUCCCCGGAGCCGCCGCCCAAAUCCAGGACCCCCCGCCGGAGCUCCAGGUCCACUCCAGAGCCGAAGACCAAGUCCCGAACCCCGCCCCGCCGCCGCAGCUCCCGGUCCUCGCCGGAGUUGAACAGGAAGGGCCGCCUCUCUCGCCGGAGCCGAUCGGCCUCAUCCUCCCCGGCGGCCCGCUCGAGGACCCCGCCCCGGCGCCGGCGCAGCCCGUCGGUCUCGUCCCCGGAGCCGGCAGAGAAGUCUCGGUCCUCCCGGCGCCGGCGGUCGGGCUCCUCCCCGCGGGCCAAGACCACGUCGAGGAGAGGCCGUUCCCCGUCUCCGAAAGCCCGGGGGCUCCAGAGAUCCCGCUCCCGCUCCAGGCGGGAGAAGGCCAGAGCGAACCGCCGCAGGGACAGGUCGGGCUCAUCCCAGUCAACCUCCCGAAGGCGACAGCGUAGCCGGUCCCGGUCCCGGGUAACCCGGCGGCGGCGGGGGGGCUCCGGCUACCACUCCCGGUCCCCGGCCCGGCAGGAGAGUUCCCGGACCUCCUCCCGUCGCCGCCGGGGCCGCUCCCGCACGCCCCCCGCGAGCCGGAAGCGUUCUCGCUCCCGCACGUCCCCGGCUCCCUGGAACCGCUCCAGGUCCCGGGCCUCCCCGGCCACCCACCGGCGCUCCAGGUCAAGAACGCCCCUGGUCACCCGCCGGAGGUCCCGGUCGAGGACGUCGCCCGUGAGCCGCCGGCGCUCCCGCUCCCGCACGUCGCCGGUGAGUCGCCGCAGGUCCCGGUCCAGAGCCUCGCCGGUGAAUCGCAGGAGGUCCCGGUCCCGGACGCCCGUGGUGACCCGCCGCAGGUCCCGAUCCAGGACGCCGGUGACCCGCCGCCGCUCCAGGUCCCGGACCCCCCCGGUGACCCGCCGGCGGUCCCGCUCGAGGACCCCGCCGGUGACCCGCCGGCGGUCCCGGAGCCGGACCUCGCCCGUCGCCCGCCGGAGGUCGCGGUCCAGGACGUCGCCCAUCGCCCGCCGGCGGUCCCGCUCGCGCACCUCCCCGGCCGCGCGCCGGCGGUCCCGCUCACGCACCUCCCCGGCCGCCCGCCGCCGCUCUCGGUCCCGGACGCCCCUGGUGAUCCGGCGCCGCUCCAGGUCCCGGAGCCCGCUGCUGACCCGCAAGCGGUCGCGGUCCCGCUCGCCGCCGGCCAUCCGCCGGCGCUCCAGGUCCCGCACGCCACGUGCAGCUCGGGGUAAGCGGUCCCUCUCCCGCUCGCCUCCGGCCAUCCGGCGCCGCUCGGCCUCGGGGAGUUCCUCCGACCGCUCUCGCUCGGCCACCCCGCCGGCCACCCGGAAUCACUCUGGCUCCAGGACCCCCCCCAUGGGCCUCAACAGCUCCAGGAUGACCUGUUUCAACCGCCCCAGCAUCUCUCCGACGCCCCUGGAUCGCUGCAGGACGCCGCCCGGCGUCCUGGACUGCUCGGGCAUCUCUCCGGCCCUGAGCAGCAACCGAACCCCGCUCGGGAUCCUGCAGAGCGGCGCUUCCAUGCUGGACGGGCCGGGCCCCCGGAUCCCCGACCACCCCAGGGCCCCCUCGGUGGCCGAGAACCACGCGCAGUCGAGGAUCGCCCUGGCCCUGACCGCCAUCAGCCUGGGCACCGCCCGCCCGCCCCCGGCGAUGACCGCCGCCAGCCUGGCCGCCCGCAUGGCCCAGGUCCCGGCGCCCGUGCCCCUCAUGAGUCUCCGAACGGCCCCGGCCGCCAGCCUCGCCAGCAGGAUCCCCACGGCCGCGGCGGCCAUGAGCCUGGCCGGCGCCCGGACGCCCGCCCUUCCGACGGGGGUGACCCUCGCCGACUCGAGAACCCCCGCGACCGCCGCGGCCGUGAACCUGGCCAGCCCCAGGACCCCGGUGGCCCCUUCGGCCGUGAGCCUCGCGGACCCGAGAGCGCCCGCCGCCCCGGCCGCCGUGAACCUCCCCGGAGCCAGGGCGCCCGCCGGCCUGGCGGCCCUGAGCCUGGCGGGCUCCGUGACGCCCCCGGGGGCAGCCGGCUUCGCCAGCCCCCGCACGGCCCAGGCGCCCAUCCCCGCCAACCUCGUGGGUCCCCGGACCCCCCACGCCCCGGCGGCCGUGAACCUCGCCAGCUCGCGGACGCCCCCGGCCUUGACGCCCUCCGGUCUCGCCGGCGCCCGGAUGCCUCCGACGCUGACGGCGGCCAACCUCACCGGUUCCAGGAUGACCAUGGCCGCUUACGACCGGGCCGGGGGCAGAACCUCGCCCCCCGUUCUGGAGCGGGCCCGUUCCAGAACCCCGCCGGGCCUCCCCGGCUCUAGAACCCCGCCGUCCGCCCCCCCGGGCCAGUCCAGAUUAGCUUCCGAGCGGGCCGCCUCUCCCGCUCCCCUUGGCUCUCGAAUGGGCCCGGCUCCUUCCCAGUCCGGGCCUCUCCCCCUGGCUCAGGAGCGGUCCCGCUCCCCCUUGCCCACCCUGGGUCCGGAGCAGCCCCGCUUCUUGCCCGCCCAGCCCUACCCUCUGGCUGGGGCCCUGACCCCAAGCCCGGUCGGGGGGGCCAAGGGCUUGGCCGCCGGCGGGGACCAGAAUGGCACCCUCCCCGGCCCCGCUCCCGGCUUGCUCCGCCCCGAAGGCGGGGAGCUGGCCCCGGGGCCCCAGCUGGCCCCCUCCACACUGACCCCCCUGCUGCCCGGGAAGGAGCGGCGGAGCUCCUCCUCCUCCUCCUCCUCCUCGUCCUCCUCCUCCUCCUCCUCGUCCUCCUCCUCCUCCUCGUCAGGCUCCAGCUCCAGCGACUCCGAAGCUUCUAGUCCCCCUUCCCAGCCCGAGGUGGCUCUGAAGAGGGUCCCCAGCCCCAGCCCGGCCCCCAAGGAGGUUGUUCGGGAAGGGCGGCCCCCGGAGCCCACCCCAGCCAAACGGAAACGGCGCUCCAGUAGCUCCAGCUCCUCCUCCUCCUCUUCGUCGUCCUCCUCCUCCUCCUCUUCCUCCUCCUCCUCCUCCUCUUCCUCCUCCUCGUCCUCCUCCUCCUCCUCCUCUUCCUCCUCCUCCUCCUCCCCCCCCUCCCCCGGCAAACCAGGCCCUCAGGCCUUACCCAAAGCUGCGAGUCCCAAGAAACCGUCCCCUGGAGAGAGGAGGUCCCGCAGUCCCCGGAAGCCCAUAGACUCUCUGCGGGAUUCCCGCUCGCUCAGCUAUUCACCCGCAGAGCGUCGCCGACCCUCACCCCAGCCCUCCCCGCGGGACCAGCACAGCAGUGGCGAGCGGGGUUCCCGACGGGGCCCCGGAGGAGGGGACAGCCGUUCCCCGGGCCACAAACGCAGGCGGGAGACACCCAGCCCUCGUCCCAUCCGCCACCGCUCCUCCAGGUAG